CCUGGCGGCGGCGGUGGCGGCGGCGGCGGGGGCGGCGGGGUGAAGCAGGAGCCGCGCUCGCCGGCCGUGCUGAAGGCGUGCUCGCAGCUGGGGGCGUCGGCGGCGCCGUCGGGGCCCGGGCCGCUGGCCGCCGCGCCCUACCCGCCGGCGCCCGCGCCCGCGCCCCCGCCCUACUCGGCGUCGGAGCGGCCGGCGCUGGCGGGGUACGGCCGCGCGCCCGUCAAGCUGGAGCCCAGCGACCGCGCGUACGACGGCGCCGACUUCGAUGAUGUGGAGGCCUGUGGUUAUCGCGUUUCGAAUCUUCUUGCAACGGUUCCAGCCUUAGAAGAGUUGUACACAAUUCAUGAGACUCUUACCAGAAAUUGGACUCAAAAGUGA